CGCACGAAAAGAAGAACCUGACUGCUGCAGCUCAAACUGCUUUUUAGUUUUGAAGGAAUCUUUUAAUGAUUCUCGUUUCGACCUCACUCACAAAAAUAACGGAUCAUUCCAGAAUGACAAUUCUGAAGGGGAAUUCGGGCAACUGCCAUUGCCUCGAACUAAUUUGCUGGAUUUAAAUAGUCAACAAUUAAAGAACUGUAAAGUUAUUCCACUGAAUGUUUCACAAUCAACGAAAGAUUACUGCAUCUUUCCAUCAAUCUUUCCUAUAAGAACACGGUGCCUGCAACCAUCCACAAGCAUGAAUCGUAAUGCAUACCCAUUUCGGUUCAAUGAAAAUGUAUUCUCCAAAUGGUCUUCCUAUAAUAGAGAUAAUCCUGUGUAUUGGAGGUGAUCCUGAUUAUAGACAAGAACAAAUAAUGCACGUUACAUCAUCGGAUGCAUCGAAAACUGUUUUGUAUCUUGCAUUAUCUGGCGAAGCAGGUCGUUUCGACUCUGACGGUUCGACGCCAACGGUUCGACGCCGGGGCAGUUCGACGCUGUACGUUUCGACGCAGAAGCAGUUCGACGCCAUAUUUGUUUUUCGUAUUUUUAUUUAUUUUUUUAGAAUAAAUAUGAAAUAAUAUAAUAAAGUAAUAUGACUGAUUUUUAUUUAUUGAAUUAGCGAUUGUUGCAUGCA